AUGGCGGGCAACACAGGCAGCCCCACAACCAAGGCCUACCUUGCAGCUUCUCAGGCACAGCUAAACUUAAUCUUCGACAGAUUCUGGGCAAAAUUGGCAGGACGCCAACUGGACACACAGAAGCCCGACCAGCCCAGACCCACUAAACACGCAGCACCACCAGGCAGUCAGACGAAAAAGCGGCGCCCCCACAAGAUGAAGCAAUCUCUGAUAAAACUCACACCUACCGCACCACGGAGGCCUGGAACACACAGUAAAAGUCAAGUGGCAGUGGGAAGCAAGGACAAGUUCCAAACAAACGGGACUCUGACAUCCACAGCUCCACAAGAUGGCGGAUCCUUAUGCAGGGACGCAAUGUGGCACUCAGCUGCAGCACAGCCUCACACUUCUAUAGAGAGUAUAUCUCUGCAUAAAGCUGCAGAACGACCAAUGAUCUCCUCACAGACUGGGCAUUGGAUGAGGGAAUGA